AUAGCUUGUUUCACCGUUAGCAAGAAAGCUAACAGGCUACUCACAUUGUUAAUUAUGAAUAUAUUGGACUUUACUGGUCGUAUUUACAGUGGAGCCAGAGACUCAUCAGGAGCCUAAAGUGGUGACUUCAACAUGCAUCAGUGUCCUGUGUGUUCAAAGUGUUUUUUGACGCCGUACAAACUUAAGCGACAUCAUGUCAUCCACACCGGUCAGAAGCCCUUCAUCUGUAGACUCUGUUUGAAAGCCUUCACACAGUCUGCACAUUUAAAGACCCACUUACAGAAUGUCCACCACUCAGGGCUUCCAACAGACUGUCUGCAGGAUGGCAGUUUAUCCAAUAACCAACAACCAACCUGUGAUCAACCAGCGGCAGAGAUCAACACCCACGGCAAGAGUAACUAUGGCACAGGAACGUCAGCUGGACCGUCCUCUGGGGCCUCCACGUGGACAGGAGAGGUUCCAGAUGAUGCGUUUGUUCUUCCUCCUUCUAAGAGUGGAAACGUACCGAUAAAUGUACCACAUGUAAGUGGUGAUGGUCUGGAAACUCUGAGCAGUAUCUCUAACUCUUCGGUACCUCAGGAGCAAGUUGAUUCUUCAAGCUCGGACUCCUCUGAUAACAAAGCUCUUGAUGGAUAUACCUGCAAAGUCUGCUUGGAGUCAUUUCCUUCAUCUCGUCAGCUGUCGAUUCACUCACCAAUUCAUAACACACCGAAGCGAUUUGAGAGGAGCAGAGAGUUGCUGCAGACUUGUUCUAAAAAGUUAAGAGUAAACCUACGGUCACAAGAGCUGAUCUCCAGUAAAAGCAAAAUAACUUUGAAACAUCAGUGUCCUAAAUGUCUCAAAGUGUUCUGCUCACCCUCCAAGUUAAGAAGACAUUUUCUUAUUCAUACUGGACAGAAGCCCUACUCAUGUGCAGUCUGCAGGAGAGCCUACAGGCAGAAGGUACACCUGAAAUCCCAUUUACGUAUGUCAAGUAAAUGCUCACUGUCUGCUGGUAUUGCGAGGAAAAACCUGAUUAAUGGAACUCAAACCUCAGACCAUCCCACACCUGUGAAUUCCUCGAUGGAGCUGGAGCUACAGUGUAAAAUAAGUGUAAACGCUGCACAGGACUUGAGCACGACUGAAAUCACGUCACAUUCAGUUGAAGAACCAGAACAGCCGUUAAAUUCAAAUUUUUGUAUUAAGUUGACAGAACAAGAGCAGCAAUUCAUGACACACAAAAGCCUGAAACCGUUCCAGUGUUCAGUUUGUAGCAGAUCGUUUCGGUUGGAAGUUAAUUUAGUACGACAUCACAAAAUUCAUAGAAAGCAAAAAGAGUUAUCCAGUCCUACCCCUGUGCAAAACAGGGACACUCUGAACAUGUCCAGUUUGGAAGCAAUCAAACAUUUACCUGGGUCUGCAUUACCUGAUGCAGACCCAGUUGCCCUGAAUGUCAACGUUAAAGCAGAAAGACAGAGUCAGAUUUUCACUGAUCAUAGUGGCUCUUUUCUUCAUGACGCUGAUUUCAUUACAUCAGCAGACAAUCAGUGGGAAACCUGCCAAGCCACCAGCGAGCAGCAGAGAAGUCCCACAAUGCAUCAGUGCCCCAUGUGUUCAAAAUGUUUUCCUUCUGAGUCAAAGCUUCAAAGACACAUAAUGGUUCAUACUGGACAAAGGCCCUUCGGCUGUGAGAUAUGUGGAAAGAUGUUUCGUCAGAAAACACACUUACGGGUUCAUUAUCGCACUCAUACGUGGUCUAAGUAUCACAAACAGCGGUCGCUCUAUAUCAACCGGCCACCUUCGACUAUCAGCUGGUUUAACACAAAGACGGCAGCAGAUGUCCCAGUCCAGGGAAGGACAGCACAAAGAAAGGAUUAUCUGAACAACAGUCCUGUUGUCUCUGGGACACACCUGGAUCAGACCGCUCUAAGGAUGAAUGUCCAAACUAAAGACAACAGAGAACCAGAGAACAAACUGUUGUCACGCAUGUCAAAGAGAAAUGCAGUUGUGCACAUGAGAAAGGUUUCCAGAGUGAUUGUAAAAAGGACACAGACUGUUAAGUCAGAGCAAAAUCCAGGAAGCGUACCACACAAGUGCUUUCAGUGUCUGAAGUGUUUUCCGAGUGCCUCUAAAUUACAAAGACAUGAACUCGUACACACAGGUUUGAAACCAUUCCGUUGUCUUAUUUGUGGGAAAACAUUCAGACAAGCUCCACAUCUGAAAACACACGAAAGAACUCACUGUAACAGGAAGUCAUCCAAGUCCCUCAGUCAACAAGGAAACACCAGAAAACUGAAGAUUCAGCAGCAGCUUUACCCAAAGAUUACUGUUCAAGUCCCCGCACAGAAAACAUCAGUAAACACAGAGUCCACACUUUCACAUUGUGAAGUUGUCAGUAAUGUAGGGAAUCGACCACUCUGCACCGUGCGUGACGGAUCUGUUUCAGAAGUGAACAGUCUCUUAAAGACCAACUCUGAAAGUAAUGUGACUUGUGAAAAAAGGAAGCUUCACGUGUGCCGAAUAUGCUGUAAGAACUUUUCCUCACCGUACAAGCUGUCAAGACACUUGGUCACUCACUCUGGAAUAAGGCCAUACAGAUGCAUUUUGUGCAGCAAAACUUUCACGCAGAAGGGACAUCUAAAGAUUCAUGAGCACAGAUGCAGACGGAGUGACGGGGUGUCGGAUUGUAGUCAGGUUGAUGGGAUAAACACAAACUAUCUCCACGAUAAGUGCGUUGAAAACCCGACAGAUUGUACAGAUUUCAAUAUGGAUGCAACAGUGAAUGUGAGAGAAGCACAGGAUGCCUGUGUAAGUCAUUACACAUUUGCUGAUGAAGACUUGGCUCAUUGCUCAGACGCAAUAGACACUAAAUGGGUGGAGGUGCCAGAAGUAGGCCUGAAAAAAGAGAACAGUGAAUCAGAGCAAAAGCAGGGAGACAUUUGUUACCAGGCUACAGACAACUAUAGUCUUUCUUUUGCCUCAGAACUUGCCUUUGAAAUAAAUGAGUUUGUUCAAAAUCAAAACAUGGCAGCUCCACCUUUGUCUAAUCAGCAUGAAGGCAGCACACAUAACAUAGAAAUACCAUGUCAGCCUGCUGCAGACAGCAACAAGCCGCUCAGUGAUGGAUUUGUACGUCCUGUGGUUGAUAGCUACUGGUGUGAACCACUAACUGUGUUUGAAUGUCACAAAUGUGCUGUAAGUUUUACAAGCAAAAGAAAUCUUAAGCAACACGUUUGUUUAUCUAAUGUUCAGCUUAAAAUGUCAGCCCAGAGGAAUCAUUGUAACAUUUGCUUCAAAGAUUUUGUGUCUCCCUCUAAACUCAGAAGGCACUAUCUUGUGCACACAGGUCAGAGGCCAUUUAGGUGUGACAUCUGUGGCAAGACUUUCACACAGUCUGCACAUCUGAGAACACACCGACAGACUCACUGAUAGUGAAAAUGAUGCUGUGCAAUGUUUGUUUUUGGUGUAAAAUUGCUUGUUUGGCUAAUAAACAUUACACAUCAUUGAUGCCAUUUUCUAUGUGGUGGUCUGCUGAGGCCCAAGAGAGGACCUAACGGAUGUAUUGAGAAGGCUGGUUUAGUUUUUUCAGACUACACAGUGUGAGGACCACCGUCACCCAGAAGCUAAGAUUGCUCCACUGAACAUCACAGGAGGUCCUUGAUUUCUGUCCAGUUAUAUUGUUCCUCCUCUUUCUGCUUAGGUUGUGUAAUUUUACAGCUUCCUAAUUUUUGGUCAACUGUUGCAAAGCAAUUUCCUUGCAAGAUAAAUAAAGUUAUGCUGGUUCUAAA